AUGGAAUUGUUGCAGGGUGGUGACGGCACGAUGUCCGGCGUGGGUGUAGGCCUGGCUAGUGUUGGCGGUGUGAGCGUGGGCGUGGGAGUGGGUGGAGUGGGCGUGGGCGGCUCGGUGUGCGCUACUAGCGGCGCGGCGGCGGCGGCGGCGGCGGCGCGGCUCUCGGCCCGCGCGUGCGCGAGCCUCGCGUCGUCCCUCUCUCGUGCUAGGGCGAGCGCGCGGCGGCGGCGCGGCGCCCGCCUGCGGCCGGCAUCGGUCUCACAAUGCGCCUUCCUCGCCGCGCCCGUCUACGACCUACAGCAAGUGGGCGACGUGUUCACGGGGCCGGGUGGCAAGUGCUCCACGCUGCCCGCCAUCCUGGGCGGCACGCUGCCGCGGCUGUCGUCGGAGCAGGCGGAGGCGGUGGCGCGCGCCAAGAAGUACGCCAUGGAGCAGAGCAUCAAGAUGGUGCUGAUGAAGCAGACGCUGGCGCACCAGCAGCAGCAGAUGGCCACGCAGCGCACGCAGGUGCAGCGCCAGCAGGCGCUCGCGCUCAUGUGCAGGGUGUACGUGGGCUCGAUCUCAUUCGAGCUGAAGGAGGACACGAUCCGCCAGGCCUUCCUGCCGUUCGGGCCCAUCAAGUCCAUCAACAUGUCGUGGGACCCGGUCACGCAGAAGCACAAGGGUUUCGCCUUCGUGGAGUACGAGAUCCCCGAGGCGGCGCAGCUCAGCCUCGAGCAGAUGAACGGCGUCAUGCUCGGCGGCAGAAACAUCAAGGUGGUGGGGCGUCCUUCCAACAUGCCGCAGGCGCAGGCCGUCAUCGACGAGAUACAGGAGGAGGCCAAGCAGUAUAACCGCAUCUACGUGGCCUCCAUACACCCCGAGCUCACCGAGGACGACAUUAAAAACGUGUUCGAGGCGUUCGGCCCCAUCACGUACUGCAAGCUGGCGUACGGCGCGUCGGCGCACAAGCACAAGGGCUACGGGUUCAUCGAGUACGCCACGCUGCCGGCCGCGCUCGAGGCCAUCGCGUCCAUGAACCUGUUCGACCUCGGCGGCCAGUACCUGCGCGUGGGCCGCGCCAUCACGCCGCCCAACGCGCUGGCGGGCCCGCCGCAGGCCUCCGCCAUGCCCACCGCCGCCGCCGUCGCCGCCGCCGCCGCCACCGCCAAGAUACAGGCCAUGGACGCCGUCGCCACCAACGCCGUGGCGCUCGGCCUUACCAAGCUCACCGCGCUCGGCGUGCCGCCCGCGGCCGCGCUGCCCACGCUCGCCGCCGUGCUGCCCGCCAUGCCGGCGCUGCCCGCGCUCCCCGCGCUCCCCGCCGCCCCGGCGUUGCCCGCCGCGCUCCCCGCGCUCCCCGCCGCCAUCCCGCCGCCCGGCGUGGUGAUCCCGCCGCCGCCGGCCGCGGCGCCCGCGCCGGGCGUGCCGGCGGAGGAGGGCGGCGGCCAGCAGGCGGCGCUGCAGCGCAAGCUGCUGGACAGCUCGCCGGACACGCUGCAGCAGCAGGAGUCGCUGUCCAUCUCGGGGCAGUCGGCGCGCCACCUGGUGAUGCAGCGGCUGAUGCGGCGGCGCGCGUCGCGCACGCUGCUGCUGCGCAACAUGGUGGCGGCGCACGAGGUGGACGAGGCGCUGCACCACGAGAUCCAGGAGGAGUGCUCCAAGUGGGGCCGCGUGGAGCGCCUCGUGAUCUACAACGAGCGGCAGAGCGAGGAGGACGACCCGGCGCUGGCCAGCGUGAAGGUGUUCGUGCAGUUCGCGACGGCGGAGCAGGCGGGCGCGGCGGCGGCGGCGCUGCACGGCCGCUACUUCGGCGGCCGCACCGUGCGCGCCGCGCUCUACGACCAGGACCUGUUCGACCACGGGGACCUCUCCGCG